GCGCCCUCGGCGGAGGCCUGAAGGGGAAUAGCGCGCGGCGCUAUUGGCAGAGGCACUCCGGCAGGCAGCACCACGCAUCCGCGAGAGGGCAUCGGUGCCUCCGGAUCUUUGCUACGGCAUGGACAUGGAAGGAUUCGGUGAUCAUCAUCAGAGCACAUGCCCUCAGUCUCAGCAACACCCUGACCAUGUCUCUGAUUCUGCUGAGGACCCGAUAUCUGAUGAGGACGUUCUUGCACCAACAAGGCUCUCAUUGUCUAGUGCUACUUCAAAAAGAAGAGAGAAUGAUAACAGAAUGGCGGACCAUGCUAGAUCUGCCGUCUGGGAUGAAGUUCUGGAAGAAGCUGAUGAGCUAGCCCAUGUGCAUAAAGAUCUUCGCAGUGUCUCAUUUCUAUCUGGUGGAACAAGCAAAAGGAAUAAAUUUGACAACAAGCCCAGGUUCUCAAUACGUGGAUCUGGUUUUGUUGCAUCAAAUGUAAAGAGUGGAAACUUGGACGAUGGUGAGCAAGAAGUAUCAUCAGGAAUGCCACCAGCUAAAGCCUUGGAAACUAUGAUGGCUGAGCAGGUGGAAAAUAUCGAUGAAGAAAUUGAAGACUUGCCCUCAGAUUUUGCCCAUCCAACCAAGAAUGAAAAUAUUUCAGUUGCUGAACUUCUUGAAGAUCUACAAGAUAGGAGUGGCUCUUCUGUUAGAACACCAUUUCCGUUUCAUCAACACAGUAGAGCUACAGAAGGGAAGCCAAAAGUUCCUACUUCUGGGAAUAAAACACUAGCACUUCUAGGUCAGAGUAACCUUGGCAAGGAAGAGGCCUCACAACAUGUUAUUGGUGAAACGUCUAGUGAAGAUGAAGUGGAAGAUACUGUUCAACACAACUUGGCUAUGGUGACCAAAUAUGUGAAACGAAAAACUAUGACUGACCUAUUCCAAGAAGCUUUUAGCGCAACAGACAUGGAUGUUACUGCGCUGCCCAUGAGAUCAACUGGAGCUGGUUAUUAUGGAAGGAUGCAACAGAUUUUGCAGAUGGAGAAAGAUAGGCACGUUGAGUUCUCAAGACAGUGUAGCAAGGCGCCAGACUAUUUAGGUAAUUCAAAGGGACUUAUUGUUCAAAUUUUGUCAAGGUCCUUGGAAGGAAAACUAACAGUCUGCCUCUGCUUGUUGAAGGAAAAGAGUAAUUUACCCAUAACAAGCAAGGUCUCAACAGAUUGUAGCAUGGAUGACAGCAGCAGUAAGAGGACCAUUAUAUUCAGCCCAAAAAUAUGUGACAAUGAGGAUCUUGUAGCAGGAAACUUAAUUCAUAUCUACCCACCAUGGAAAGAGGUUAAAGUUAAAGAAGAGGAGGUGAUUAUUUGCACCUAUUUUUCGCAUCACGUGGCGUGAAUGAGAGGGAUGCCAAGUGACACGUGGACAUUUGUGUAUGUAAUGGGGUUUGUGCACCUAGGGAAUUUGCAGGGCGAAGAGAUUGUGCAGUUCACUGCAGCAGCGGCAAGCAUGUAAUUCUCGUUUGUUGUUGUCUGAAAUGGUAUCAGUGUAGAAUAUAUCAGGUCAAACAGUGUAAAAUGUAGGGGUUACGAGGGAAGCCUGGAAGCAUGAUGGAUUGAAGUCAGUCCGCUGUUAUUUCUUUCACCGUUGUUCAUAAUGGUGUUAGGAAGAUAAAAGAUACAAAAGGGCAAAAAAUAUUGGAAAUCCAGUUUUGAUUUAGGGUGCGUAUGGUCUACGCUGGUCAUCAUUAAAGUAUAUGUACUACUCCCUCCGUCCUGGGGAACUUGUUGGACGCUAUGUACAAAUGUCAUUUUGCAAAA